AUGGAGUCGAUCCACUGGAAUAGUUUGGUGAAUCCUAAUUUCUCCCUUAAUCAGAGUCUUCGGAGAAAAAACCGCGCUGUAUUUGAUCGGAGAGAUGCUUCUUUGCGGCGGGGCAGGACGUUCUCGGCUGUACGGACUUCCGUUACCGCGACGGCGACGGAUGUUUCCACUAGAAACGCGGCGAUUGGUGGUAAUAGUUCGAGAGACGCCGCGAUAAUGACAACGGCCAAGAGCGGGGUGCGAUUAGGGAAAUCGAGCUCCGCGCUGGAGCAGCUGGAUAUCGAGCGAGGCGUUUGCGUGCCAUUCCGAAAGUAUUCCCCGGAGACUGUGAGGAGUAAAGUGCUGGAAUCAAGAGGAUCAGUCGUCUCUCUCGUUUCAAGGGGCGUGGAGAUUGUUUGGAAUCUGGGGUUGUAUUGGUCGACCUUAAUGUAUGAUUUUUUGGUUGGAAGGGAUGAGGAAGUUGUCCCGUUCCGUGCGAGGCAGCUUAGGAACCUGUUGUGCAACUUGGGGCCAUCGUUUAUCAAAGCUGGUCAGGUUCUGGCAAAUAGACCUGAUAUCAUCCGUGAAGACUACAUGAACGAGCUUUGCAUACUUCAAGAUGAUGUUCCUCCAUUCCCCAACGAGGUUGCUUUCCAAAUCAUUGAGGAAGAGUUAGGCCAACCUCUCGAGGCCCUGUUUAGCAAGAUUUCUUCACAAACGAUAGCAGCUGCAAGCUUGGGCCAAGUUUAUCGAGCUACUCUACGUGCCACUGGAGAGGAUGUUGCUAUCAAGGUGCAGAGACCACAGAUAGAGCCCAUAAUUUACCGGGAUCUCUUUCUCUUCCGAACCCUUGCCUCAUUCUUAAAUGGCUUCAGUAUACAGAAGCUGGGUUGCAACGCAGAGCUAAUAGUUGAUGAAUUUGGAGAAAAACUUUUGGAGGAGCUUGACUAUACCUUGGAAGCAAGGAACAUUGAAGACUUUCUGGUGAACUUCAAAGAUGACCCCACUGUCAAAAUUCCUGGAGUAUACAAGAAUCUUUGUGGUCCGCGGGUUCUUGUGAUGGAGUGGAUUGAUGGUAUUCGUUGCACUGACCCACAGGCCAUCAAGGAUGCCGGAAUUGAUUUAAAUGGAUUCUUGACUGUUGGCGUGAGUGCUGCUCUAAGGCAGCUGUUAGAAUUUGGAUUGUUUCAUGGAGAUCCACAUCCUGGAAAUAUCUUUGCAAUGCAUGACGGGCGUAUUGCUUAUGUUGACUUUGGAAAUGUUGCUGUACUGAGUCAGCAAAACAAGCAAAUUUUGAUUGAUGCUGUUGUCCAUGCGGUUAAUGAGGACUACGGGGAGAUGGCAAAUGAUUUCACUAGGCUCGGAUUCUUGGCCAAAGGUACCGAUGUUUCUCCUAUCGUUCCAGCUUUAGAAGCCAUCUGGCAGAACUCUGCGGGGAAAGGACUUGCGGAUUUCAAUUUCCGAAGUGUUACAGGGCAAUUCAACAAGCUUGUGUACGACUUUCCCAUCCGUAUCCCGGAGCGGUUCUCUCUUGUUAUUCGUUCUCUACUCACACAGGAGGGUAUAUGUUUCACGCUGAAGCCUGAUUUUAAAUUUCUUGAGGUUGCUUAUCCAUAUGUAGCAAAGCGCCUCCUAACGGAUCCGAAUCCUGCACUUCGGGAACGCUUGAUACAGGUUCUAUUCAAAGAUGGUGUUUUCCAAUGGAAAAGACUGGAAAACCUCAUAUCACUUGCAAAGGAAAACGUUGGCCAAAUGAGUAGCAACCCUGCUCUACGAGUUAAGCAAGUGGAGAGUAAGCUUGACUUGACAGAUACCGUUAAAGACGGAGCUCGUCUUUUCCUCCUCGAUGAAGGCAUCCGCAGGAAACUUAUUCUUGCACUCACAGAGGACUCAAAGCUUCAUGUAGAAGAGCUUGCGGACGUGUAUAAAUUGGUUGAAGAAGAAGUAGAUAUUCCCACACUCGCCAUGCAAGUCGUGCAAGAUUUACCGAAUGUGUUUCGGGAUUUCGUGCUGUCAUGGAGCAACUCGGUUUUAUCAGACAGAUGAUGAGUCGGACUCUCACCAUUUUGUGGCUCUUUUGAAGAGGAAAGAGAUAAUUGUCGGGAGGGAGUAGAUUGGGAGAAAAACGAAGAUUGUUACAGUUUAAUCUUCGGUGCAUACAUGAUACAAGUAACUCAAUACACCAUUACACAUACAUGUAAUUAUACAAAAACACACACAAACUUCAAUGUAGUUGGACAGUGAGGGACCUAGAAAAAACAAAUUACCCUGUCAUCAAAUAAUAACUAAUUCGUCAAAGUUUUUUUUAAAUAACUACUUAAGUAGAAAAAUAAUUAGAAAUAAAAUAAACUUAAUUAAUAUAAAAA